UCUCAACUCCCAACUCCUUCGCAAAUUCGGGUCUCGAGGAGGCGUUAUAUACGCCGUGCCGUAGAAUUUGCGUCUCUUCCGAGGGGCUCGUCGCGAGAAGGAGCCGCAAAACUUUGCUACGGCCACACGAGCAGCAGAGCAGCCGCGCUCGGUCCUGCUCCCCGCGUCUGGUGUCGGGGACCGCCCCCCUCCUGCCCGGCACCCGCUGCGGCUGGCUCUCCCGAUGAGGCCGCCGGAGGUAGCGGUGGCGGCGCUUCUUCUCGUGGCGGCCGCCGCCGUGGCCGCGGCCGCGGCCGCGGCGGAGUCGGCAGCGCCGUUACCGGCGGCGCUGCGGUUGCAGCGCGCGGUUCCGCACCAGGGGGUGCCCCUGGAGGAACUCAGGCGGCGGGACGCCGCGCGGCACCGGGUUUCGAGGAGGAGGCUGCUCGGGGGCGUAGCCGGCGUGGUGGACUUCCCCGUCGAGGGCUCCGCCAAUCCGUACAUGGUCGGGCUUUAUUUUACCCGGGUGAAAUUAGGAAACCCGGCAAAGGAAUUCUUCGUCCAGAUUGACACUGGGAGUGAUAUAUUGUGGGUCACUUGCAGUCCUUGCACUGGUUGCCCGACAUCAAGUGGACUCAAUAUCCAGCUAGAGUCCUUCAACCCUGACUCUUCAUCAACAGCAUCCAGAAUAACAUGCUCUGAUGACAGAUGUACAGCUGGCUUCCAAACAGGGGAAGCAAUCUGUCAAACCUCAAAUUCCCAAAGCAGCCCUUGUGGGUACACUUUCACCUAUGGUGAUGGGAGUGGCACAUCAGGGUACUAUGUGUCUGACACGAUGUUUUUCGAAACUGUCAUGGGAAACGAGCAGACCGCCAAUUCGUCUGCCUCUAUUGUUUUCGGAUGUAGCAACUCACAGUCAGGAGACCUGACAAAGGCAGAUAGGGCAGUUGAUGGAAUUUUUGGGUUCGGACAGCAUCAACUGUCUGUAAUUUCGCAACUUAACUCUCUUGGGGUGUCCCCUAAGGUGUUCUCUCAUUGCCUGAAAGGUUCGGAUAAUGGUGGUGGCAUUCUUGUGCUUGGUGAAAUUGUGGAGCCAGGAUUAGUGUAUACUCCACUUGUUCCAUCACAGCCUCAUUACAACUUAAAUCUGGAAAGCAUUGCUGUCAAUGGUCAAAAGCUGCCCAUUGAUUCCUCCUUGUUUACAACAUCAAAUACACAAGGAACAAUCGUGGAUUCAGGAACAACAUUGGCAUACCUUGCAGAUGGAGCCUACGAUCCAUUUGUUAGUGCGAUAGCUGCUGCAGUCUCUCCAUCUGUGCGUUCUCUAGUCAGCAAAGGAAGCCAAUGCUUUAUCACUUCCAGCAGCGUUGACUCAUCGUUUCCAACCGUAACCCUUUAUUUUAUGGGUGGUGUUGCGAUGUCGGUGAAGCCAGAGAACUAUCUUUUACAGCAGGCUUCUGUUGACAACAGUGUAUUGUGGUGCAUUGGUUGGCAAAGGAACCAGGGCCAAGAAAUAACUAUACUCGGAGAUCUUGUUUUAAAGGAUAAGAUAUUCGUGUAUGACUUGGCAAACAUGCGCAUGGGCUGGGCGGACUACGAUUGUUCAAUGUCGGUGAACGUGACGACGUCAUCAGGGAAGAACCAGUACGUGAACACUGGGCAGUUCGACGUGAACGGCUCCGCACGGCGCGCAUCUUACAAGAGCUUGAUACCAGCCGGGAUCGUCACCAUGCUUGUGCAUAUGCUCAUUUUCGGCACUGGCUCACGUAGAUAGCAGGCGAGCCAGCUGACAUCGUGAUUUGAUUAUUAUUGCCACGGCGUAUUCAGAGGUAGAGACGUCGCCAUCCCUGCUGCGCUAGUCGGUUAGUCGUAUGGACGAAGAGUUGGCAUGGCCUGAGCAUUCUUACUGUACAUACAGAAAAUGAAAGGUCUAUUGUUCAUGUAGUACGGCCUCCUUUUUUUUCUC